AUGGUGAACAACAAUAAAAAUAGUAAACAGACAGAAUCAAAACAGAAAAGUUGGUUUAAAAAUGCGUCUGAUCAGCAAGAAAACCAGCCGAAAAAGGGAAAAAUAAUGAAACCUGAUCAUAAUGAGAACAUUUUAAUGUCCAAGCAAUUGAUGCAGAAAAGAUCCAGUUCUAGAACAAGACGUCUUAAGCGAAAAACUACAAGUACCUAUAGAUUUUUUCCUAAUGCAAAACCUAUGCCAUCCUUAGCCGAUCUUGAGAAAAUGUUUGAAGAUUCUGACGACGAUGUGGAAGACCAUAAAUCAACUGAUGCGAAUCAGCAGCCAGCACCUAAAUGCAGUGCACAAAUAUCAUCAAAUAUAACAGAAACACUAAUGAUACCAAAAGUUAUGGUCACUGAUGUAUUACUGUCACCUACUCAGAGUAACAGAAUAGAAGAACAGGUUAAAGUAAAAUUCAAAAAAUCAUCCUCUAGUAUUCACAGCAAUAUUGAAAUAACAUCCCCUUCAAGAAAGAGGAUUAAAUCCCACGAACAAUCUGAUGAUUCUGAUGAUCUACCAUCAGUGAAUAUUAGUCCAAGAAAGGAAAAAAAUACUAACAGUGUCACAGUAGAAAAUAUAUUAUGCCAAAAUAAAACAAAACAUUCCAUGAUAUCUGUUGAACCUGAAGGAAAAACAGAGAAAUUAAUACAUGAUGCUGUAAUUAACAACAGCUCUAACAAAUUGCAAAGUACAUGCACAUUAGAGGCUUUCUCUCCCAUUCCUAGUACUUCACAAUAUAAUCAGGUUCUUGAAAAUAACAAUAAUCUUGCAAAAGACCAACUCCUAAAACAACAAAUACCAAAAACUCAUAUUGCUACCAUUGUUAUUGAAGAUGAACCGAUGGAACAUCCUGCAACAAAUGUAAAAACGGAGAUCAAUGAUAACAUUCAAAUUAUUGACACUACAAAUCAAAUUACUUCUACUGAAGCUGUAGAAACAAGCAAUCGGCAAGAUUCUUGUGAAGAUGAUGAUGAUUGCAUAAUUGUUGAGUCUUCUAUAAAUACAAUUAAUAACUCAAUAAGAGAACCCAACAUUAUUGAUAUUGAAGUCAUAAAUACUGAAACUGAACGCAGUAGCAAUUCUACAGAACAAGUACAUAACGAAAUUAUUGAUGUUGAUUCUUUAAUUGCUCACAAUCAAUCAAUAUUUAAUAAAUAUAAUGCCACAAAGCCAUUAAAUCUAUUAAUUGAUGUAGAUCUCUCAAGUAUUGAAGAAAAUAGAAAUAAUCAAAGGCAUACCAGAAAUAAUUUCAAGCCUCAACUUAAUGAAACACCUGAACAAGUUACUAUAUCUAUAAAUAUGCAGGGACAACCUAGCAAUGACCAUAAUUUAGAGCACAUUAGAAUUGAUAACACUAGAAAUGAUUCAAAUAUCCACAGUCAACCUAGUACUGAACGCCAAAUAAAUGAUUCUAUCAGUGUCAAGAAUAUAAGAAUGGGUGAAGAAUAUUAUAGAAAUUUGACAGCAAUACAAAGGAUACAUGAUUCGCAUGUUUUAAGUCCUAGUGAGUUAUUUAGUCCAUAUCCCAUCAUAACAGCAUCACCUUUGAUGGCAAAGCGAAACUCGCCAGGAGGACAACAAAGUGUACACAGACACAGAUUACCUACAUCAUCAUCAUCAGAUAGAACCCAAUAUCCUACAUCAUCAUCAGAUAAAACCCAACAUCCUACAUCAUCAUCAGAUAGAACCCAAUAUUCUACAUCGUCAUCUUCAGAUAGAACCCAAUAUCCUACAUCAUCAUUAUCAGAUGGAACCCAAUAUCCUACAUCAUCAUCAUUAGAUAGAACCCAAUAUCCUACAUCGUCAUUAAGGGUCCAAUAUAAUGCAUCCGUGGCAUCCAUCGCUAAACGAAGUUGUGCACAAAAAAUGAGAAUGAAUGCACAAAAUACAAGUGUGAGUAAAGACCACCCCUCAACAUCUGGUGAUGCAGUUGAGUGUCAUUCAAACUCAAUCCACUCAUUGGGUGAUUGUCCAAUUUGUAUGGAGAAAUUAUCAGGUAAGGGAAUUGGUUCAACAAUUUGUGGUCAUGUGUUCUGUAUGAGCUGUUUACAAAGAGCUGUAAAAACUAAUAAAAGAUGUCCCACUUGCAGGAAAAUGCUCAAAUGCAAUGGAUAUCACAAAUUAUUUUUAUAA